GAAGUGAACAGCAGAGAAGAAAGGAAGCCUCAGAAACAGUCGCUGCUAAAGUCCUUGUGUCAGGAGACGCACUGGAAAUGCCUGCUGCUCAGCUUGCUCAUGUACGGCUGUGUGGGCGUCAUGACCUGGUGCCAGGUGACCACCGUCGCACGCCUCUCCUUUGACAGCGCCUACAAGGGGAAGUCCAUGAUGUACCACGACAGUCCCUGCUCCAAUGGCUAUAUCUACAUCCCCCUGGCCUUCCUGGUCAUGCUCUACGUGGUCUACCUCGUGGAGUGCUGGCACUGCUACACCAGGAACAAGAUGCAGUACAAAGUGGAUGCGGACGACGUGGCCGAGCGUGUACGGAGAAUGAAGCAGGCCACGCCGUGCAUCUGGUGGAAGGCUAUCAGCUACCACUACGUGAGAAGGACGCAACAGGUGACACGAUAUCGUAAUGGAGACGCCUUCACCUCUACUCAGGUCGUCCAUGAGAGGGUCAACACGCACGUGGCCGAAGCGGAGUUUGACGACGGGAACUGCGGGGUGAAGGACAUCUCAAAGCACUUGCAGGGCCUUGAGCGCUUUGCCAUGACCAAGCUGAGGUUCACCAAGUGCUUCAGCUUUGCCAACGUGGAGUUGGAGAACUCUUACUUGAUGCAGCGGGCUAGGUUCUUCACAGAGAAUGAGGGCCUGGACGACUACAUGGAGGCCCGUGAGGGGAUGCACCUGAAGAAUGUAGACUUUAAGGAAUACAUGACUGCCUUCAGCGAGCCACAUCAUCUUCCCUGGUACGCAUCGCAUUCCGCUUUCUGGACAGCGGCUGCUUUGACUCUUUCCUGGCCUUUACGGGUGCUAAUGGAGUUCCAAACCGCCUGUGUCCACUACCACGUGGAGAAGCUUUUCGGCUUCGACUAUGUGCCGUUGACACCUUCAGAGGAUAAUCCUUAUUGUAGACACAUCCCACGGGUCAACACCAUCGACAGUACAGAGCUGGAGUGGCACAUCCGCUCCAAUCAGCAACUCGUUCCCAGCUACUCUGAGGCGGUUCUGUUGGACCUGGUCCAGCUCUCGGGAACCUGCCCCAACUACUCGGCUUGCCAUCGGUACAGCAGCUACAGGCAGAACUGCCAGUGGUGCCACCACGCCAUCAGCAGUUCUUCCAUCUUCUCACGCAGCGCCCUGAGCAUCUGCAACACGGCGAGCCCGCGUCUGCCCUUCAGCGCCAGCCGCUUCUCGCUAUAUGGCUCCAGACGGAACUGCCUGUGGAGGAGCGGCGGGAACCUGAACGAGCCCCCGAGUUGCCCAUUGGAAAGCACACGCUGCCUAUCGGGCCAGCAGAGCAGCGAGGAGAGCCCUCCGGCGUACCAGGAUGCGCUCUACUUCCCUGUGCUCAUUGUACACAACUACGAAGGCUGCCUCAAUCACAACCAUCAGUCCCUGCACAGAAACGGCUCUUGCGUGGAGACGUCGUUAUGA